AUGAGGAGCGUUGAUAUUACGAAACAGUCAACCAGAGUUAAAUAUUAUGAACUCUUAUUGUUGAACUCUCUCUCUCUCUUUCUUUCUUUCUCUCUCUCUCUCUCUUUCUUUCUUUCUCUCUCUCUUUCUCUCGCCGCUUAUAAGCUGCCCUCUCAUCAUCACUUCAGACUUGAAUAUCUAUCUAUCUAUCUUUAUUCAUUAUCUAUCUCUCUCUCUCUCUCUCUAUAUAUAUAUAUAUAUAUAUAUAUAUAUAUAUAUAUAUAUAUAUCUAUUACAAUCUGUUAUUAUCUAUCUAUUAUCUAUCUAUCUAUCUAUCUAUCUAUCUAUCACAGUCUGUUCGUAUCUAUCUAUUUCAUGUGUUACUUAUCUAUCUAUCUAUCUAUCACAGUCUGUUGCUUAUCUAUCUAUCUCAGUUUGUUCAUUUUCUAUCUAUCUAUCUAUAUAUCUAUCUAUCUAUCUAUUUCACCUCCGCAGACAUACCGAUCUCCUUUCGCCCUCUCUCAUUUUUUUUUAUAUUCGUCUGCACUGCUUUCUUAUUCCUUCCUCUUUCUCUUUUUUUCACUCCCUCCUUCUCCUCUCUCUCUAUACUUAUAUUUACUUCCAUUUUUGUACCACCUUCACUUCUAUAUUGUCUACUUUACUCUCUCUUUCUCUCUUCUUUUUUGUCUUUACAUCUCCCCUACUAAUGUCGUUUUUCCGGUAAAAAUACAAAUCAAUCAUCAAUCUUCUUUUUUUUUGUUCUUUUUCUUCUUCUUCUUCUUUUCCUUCUUCUCUUCUAUUUCUACCAACACUUCACUGCUAUUUUAUUUUUUUCAAUACCUUUCCUUCUUUUUCCUAUACUUCUCGUUUUUCUUCUUUCCUCAAUUCUUCUCUUUAGUUUACUCACAUCUUUUCUUAGUUUCCCCUUUUCUUCUUUAUCAUCUUAUUCUCAUACGUCUUCAUCUCCUCCUCGACUUUCAUCACUUCUUCUUCUUCUUCUUCUUCUUCUUCUUCUUCUUCUUCUUCUUCUUCUACCAAUGGAUUUCUUCCUUGUCUUUUUCUUUUCGUCACCCUCUUCCUUAUAAUCAUCAUCAUCCUAAUCAAACAGGCAUUCUGAUUCUUUUCCAUGAUCGUACCCUCCCUCCUACCAUCCUUCUUCCUCAUCCUCUUCUUCUACUUUUUCUUCUUUCCCUUUUUCUUUAUAAUGUUUCUUUUUUUUUUUUACUUCUUCUUCCUCUCCGUUUACCUUCCUUCUCCUCUUCUUCUCACUGUUCUUCCUCUUCCAUUUGA